AUGGCAACAAGUCCAGAGGCCGAGCGGCCGGAUAUACGCCGGAGCUCCCGUAUUUCCCGGGCGUCUCUAAACCAGGAUUGGGCCAAUCUGGAUGAAUAUGGGAAGCUUGUCAAGUACGUGUCAACCUUCCGUGAUGCAAACGCAGAAGCUCAGGGCGAAGGCGAAGUCAUGGAGAAAAGAGUCUGGUAUGCCCCAUGGAAGAAGCGGAAGGUUCACGUCAAGAAGCUUGAAGGAGAAACUGGCAAAUUUCCCGAUGAAUGGACCUUGACCGAUAUUCGGGAGGGUCUUUCCAGUGAUGAAAUUCCCAAUCGCCGUCGGCGGGCUGGUUGGAAUGAAUUAUCCUCGGAGAAGGAGAAUCCUAUCGCCAAGGUUCUUUCUUACUUCCAAGGUCCAAUUCUCUAUGUCAUGGAGUUGGCUGUUUUACUUGCUGCUGGUCUGGAUGACUGGGUCGACUUCGGCGUCAUCAUCGGUAUUUUGUGCUUGAAUGCCGCUGUGGGCUGGUAUCAGGAAAAGCAGGCUGCUGAUGUGGUCGCGAGUCUCAAGGGAGAUAUUGCCUUGCGAGCACAAGUCAUUCGUGAUGGUACUCAACAAGAAUGUCUCGCACGAGAGCUCGUUCCGGGUGAUGUGAUUAUUGUUGGUGAAGGUUCAGUCGUGGCUGCCGAUGCCAAGGUUAUCUGUGAUUUCAGUGAUUCUAACGGCUGGGAGGAGUUCAAUGAGCUUCAAGAACAAGGAAUGCUCGGUGGAGGUUCUGAUUCGGAAGAUGAAGAGGAUCAAGCGAAAAAGGCCGUUGAAAGUGUGAAGGAAGGUGAUGGCAAAUCCAAAGAAGCAAAUGGCGGAGAGGAUGAAGAAGCACCACCUCCUCGCAGACGUGGCUAUCCCAUUCUGGCCUGCGACCACUCUGCUAUUACCGGAGAGUCCCUAGCCGUGGAUCGUUACAUGGGGGACAUGAUCUUCUAUACAACCGGGUGCAAGCGUGGCAAGGCCUACGCCGUGGUUCAGACCGGCGCAAGAACUUCCUUUGUUGGCCGCACCGCAACUAUGGUACAAUCUGCGAAAGGGGCCGGCCAUUUUGAGCUUGUUAUGGAUAACAUCGGAACUUCUCUUUUGAUUCUUGUGAUGGCAUGGAUUCUCGCUGCCUGGAUUGGUGGCUUCUUCCGUCAUAUCCCCAUUGCUUCCCCUGGCCAGCAGACUCUGCUUCACUACACUCUGUCGUUACUCAUUAUCGGUGUGCCUGUUGGUCUUCCGGUGGUGACCACUACUACCAUGGCCAUUGGUGCGGCUUAUCUGGCAAAGAAGAAAGCCAUUGUGCAGAAGCUGACUGCGAUUGAAUCUUUGGCUAAGGGUGUCGAUAUCCUUUGUUCUGAUAAGACUGGAACUCUGACUGCGAACAAACUAAGUAUUCGCGAUCCUUACGUGGCUGAAGGCGUUGAUGUGGAUUGGAUGUUUGCCGUCGCUGCACUUGCAUCCUCGCACAAUACUGAAUCUCUGGAUCCAAUCGACAAGGUUACAGUAUUAACCCUCAGACAGUAUCCUAAAGCCCGAGAGAUCAUGCGCCGUGGUUGGAAAACUGAGAAGUUUACACCAUUCGACCCAGUAUCUAAACGAAUUGUUACAGUUGCUGUCUGUGAUGGUGUACGGUAUACAUGUACUAAGGGUGCACCGAAAGCUGUACUUCAGCUGACAAGCUGCUCCAAGGAGACAGCCGAGUUAUACAAAGCGAAAGCGCAAGAAUUUGCGCACCGAGGUUUCCGGUCGCUUGGAGUUGCAGUCCAGAAAGAGGGCGAAAAUUGGGCUCUACUUGGAAUGCUUCCUAUGUUCGAUCCUCCUCGUGAAGACACUGCUCAAACAAUUAGCGAAGCGCAAAACCUUGGUAUAAGUGUAAAGAUGCUCACAGGAGAUGCCAUUGCCAUUGCCAAAGAAACCUGCAAGAUGUUGGCAUUGGGCACCAAGGUGUAUAACUCGGAUAAGCUGAUUCAUGGUGGUCUCAGUGGAGCAAUGGCCAGUGAUCUUGUUGAGAAGGCCGAUGGCUUUGCAGAAGUUUUCCCAGAGCACAAAUAUCAAGUCGUGCAGAUGCUGCAAGAGCGAGGCCAUUUAACCGCCAUGACAGGAGACGGCGUGAAUGAUGCACCGUCUCUUAAGAAAGCCGAUUGUGGCAUUGCCGUCGAAGGUGCAUCUGAAGCUGCGCAAUCUGCAUCCGACAUUGUAUUCCUCGAGCCUGGGUUGUCGACCAUUAUCGAUUCUAUCAAAGUCGCGCGUCAAAUCUUCCAUCGCAUGAAGGCGUACAUCCAAUAUCGCAUUGCACUUUGCUUGCAUCUCGAAAUCUACCUCGUGACUUCGAUGAUUAUUCUCAACGAAAGCAUUCGUGUCGAGCUGAUCGUCUUCCUGGCAUUAUUCGCCGACCUUGCAACUGUCGCAAUAGCCUAUGAUCAUGCCUCGUUUGAGUUGAGACCCGUUGAAUGGCAACUCCCGAAGAUCUGGUUCAUUUCAUCUUUCCUGGGUGUGCUCCUCGCCCUUGGCACCUGGGUAGCACGGGGAACUAUGUUCCUGAAAAACGGAGGCAUCAUCCAAAACUGGGGAUCCAUUCAGGAGGUGCUCUUCUUGGAAGUGGCACUCACGGAGAAUUGGCUCAUCUUCGUCACUCGCGGUAUUGACACUUGGCCGUCGAUCCACCUUGUGACAGCAAUUCUGGGAGUAGAUAUUCUGGCCACAAUCUUCUGUCUCUUUGGUUGGUUCACUAAUCAGGACAUGAAGACCAAGCCAGCAGACCAGUUCGUUGAAACCCACAAUGGCUGGACCGAUAUCGUGACUGUGGUGCGAAUUUGGGGCUAUUCGCUUGGUGUUGAAGUGGUCAUUGCCUUGGUAUACUUCAUUUUGAACAAGAUCAAAUGGCUUGACAAUCUCGGUCGUGUGCAGCGGGACAAGGGUGAGAUCAAGAUUGAGAAUCUGCUCGCGCACCUGUCUCGCCUCACCCUUGAGUAUGAGGAAGGAGGUGAGGCGAAGGGUCGAUUCUGCUUGGCAGCAAGCAAGGAAGAGGAGGAGGCCGAGUGA